UUUCCCAUUUUGAAGGCGCAGUGUUUAAGCAGUCGCAAAGCGAAAAACUCAUCUCCAUACGCAGAUUCACCAAAAUUAAAUCAGCAAAAACAAAUUCACAAAAUUCGCUUCGGCAAUGGCAGGGCGAUUUAGAUCUGGUCUUCCUCUCCUCCGCCGAGCUCUCACCGCUGCUAACUCCUCCUCCGCCCAGAGAUCCGUCGUUUGCCCUACUCUCGAGUCCGCGAAGAGCUAUGCUACCGCCGCUCCUGCAAAAGAGAAGAAGGUCAAGGUGCCUGUGACAAUGUUUGGGGUGUCUGGAAACUAUGCUUCAGCUUUGUAUAUCGCAGCUGUCAAAGCCAAUGCACUGGACAAGGUUGAAUCUGAGCUUCUUUCCCUAAUUGAGGCUUCGAAGAAAAGCCCUACAUUUUCUCAAUUCAUGAGGGAUGUAUCAGUUGACGCGGAUACAAGAAAGAAGGCUAUUACUGAUAUUUGCGACCAAGCUAAAUUUUCAGAAAUCACUAAGAACUUCUUGGUUAUCGUUGCUGAAGGUGGAAGGCUGGGACAUGUAGAACGUAUGGCUCAGAGAUUCUCUGAGCUGACCAUGGCACAUCGAGGGGAAGUUAAAGCAACAGUGACAACUGUGAUUGCUCUGCCCCCAGAGGAGGAGAAAGAAUUGAAAGAAACAUUGCAGUACAUGCUUGGACAAGGCAAGAAAGUUAAGGUUGAACAGAAGAUUGAUCCUAGUAUUCUCGGUGGUCUUGUUGUCGAGUUUUCACAGAAGGUAUUUGACAUGUCUAUAAGGACUAGGGCCGCCCAGAUGGAGCGCUUCCUGCGUCAACCUUUGAGCUCGGAUGGUAACUAAAUUGAUAAGACCAGACAGACCUUAAGGCGCACACCUUUUCUGGUUAUUUCUCAUCAUUUUGCACUAAGAAGUCGUCUAAAACACGUUUGUUUUGGUUGUGAGGGGCAAGAUGCCCCUUCUUUUAUGUUCUCAUUGGUAUCAUGCAAAUAAAAGCUACUCAUCUUUGUUGUUAGAGCCCAUACCCGUACCAACACUGACUAUUGAAUGAUAAAGACCCUUGUAUCUAUUUUGGAACAAGGAAAGUGUUAUUCUGCUCUUCUGAGUAUGUUAUUUCGA